AUGGCGCCGAUGCGUAGUGAGCGUGGCGGGUCCCCAGCACGAGGUGCGCGCGCGUCACUCCCACUUCCGCGUCGCCUCAUCCGGCAAAUCGCUAGGCACGUGGCCUCCAGCGGCCGGUCCCUUCGUAGGCUUGAAGUAUCCGGUCGCGUGAUUGACAAUUUCGAUGACCUGGAUGGCGCAUCUGAUGAGUCGGAUAUGGAAACUCCGCAGCCUGCACUAGCGUGUGGUGGUAACGCCGGGACCCUCCCACCAGCAGACAAUGAUGACGAUCUGACGAGUCUGAGCUGGUUGCAGGACAGGAAUUUACUCAGAGGCAUCAAUCUUACUACAAAGAGCGAUAUGGAGGACUCAAAAAUUCUAAGGAACGAAGUUAUUAUCAAGACAGAAUCGAAAACUCCUCCCCCCUUAGCCCGCGUGGCCUCCCCACCUCGCACACCCUGCAAGUCUCCCCCCUCCCCCACCCACACAAAGCCCCCCUACUCCUUCUCGUGCCUCAUCUUCAUGGCCAUCGAAGCCGCACCAGCUCGAGCCCUGCCGGUGAAGGAGAUAUACGCGUGGAUAAUUCGCCACUUUCCAUACUUCAAACACGCGCCCCAAGGCUGGAAGAACAGCGUACGGCACAAUUUGUCAUUGAAUAAAUGUUUUCAUAAGGUUGCAGCAGCUCCCGGAGUAGGCAAAGGUUCUCUAUGGACAGUAGACCCUCAACAUCGCUCCACCUUGCUGCAGGCAUUUGGUCGGCAACCAAUCCCACCGCCUGAGGUGGAAACCCCAGAGCCAGGCAAAAAUGCCCCAGACCCACAACUGUUCCCGUACCUGGCUCGUCGUCUGGCCGACACCAGUGAGCCUGGCGCUGAUGAAUAUCUGGCGGCUGCUACCGUACUCGCCAUGAAGUAUGGCCCGGCUGUUUUAGACCAGCUGCCACCCGAAGCGCACUUAGUGAUAUCGCGUUGCGCAAGAGACGAGCACUCGUACAGCGGCAGUGGCGAGGAGAGGCGCACGGCCGAGGCCUUGCUCAACUUAGCCGGGGUGACCAGCCACACGCACACCGCACUUAGCUAG